GCGAGGUUGUGACUUGUAAUCUGUCAAUAGUUUUGAGCACGAGUGUGUUGGUUUACUAAUUGGUUACUAAUUUUUAGAAAGUUAAUGAUUAUCGAAACGAUGAGUUAUUCAAAAUUUGAUUUGACUUUUAAAAUAGGACAAUAUUUGGAUAGGCAUCUUGUGUUUCCUUUGUUAGAGUUUUUAGCAGCAAAAGAGACGUAUGACCAGUCCGAACUUUUGCAAGCUAAAUUGGAGAUACUAAGUAAGACAAACAUGAUAGAUUAUGUUAUCGACAUAAGAAGUAUGCUUUACCCAGAUGAAGACACACCAGAGGAAAUUAAAAUGAGGAGAGCAGUUGUACUGUCACAGCUACAAGAACUGCAGGAUGCUGUUGAACCAGUCCUAAAGUUGAUGCAACGGGACGAUGUUAUGAAAACUGUUGAAACUAUGAGAGAUCCUAAAACUCUUAUUAACUUUUUGACUACCAAUAAAGAGUUUGAGUUUAAAAUUGAGAUGAUCGAUAGUAUGUAUCAAUUGGCAAAAUACCGUUAUGAGUGCGGUAACUAUGUUGAAUCUGCAUCAUACCUGUACUUCUGCCAGUUAGUGAUGUCACCUACUGAUAAGAACUAUUUGUCGGUUCUCUGGGGCAAAUUGGCAAGUGAAAUUUUGGUCCAAAACUGGGAUGCUGCACUCGAUGAUUUAACAAAGUUACGUGAAUUCAUCGACAAUGGUGGCGCAGGCGCUACUGCAAACAAUAUGCAAGCUCUUCAACAGCGUACGUGGCUGGUUCACUGGUCUCUUUUCGUGUUUUUCAAUCACGUGAAAGGCCGUGACCUAAUUAUCGAGAUGUUCCUGUACAAACCAUUGUACUUGAAUGCUAUUCAGACCAUGUGUCCACACAUACUUCGUUACCUGGCCACAGCUGUCAUAAUUAACCGAUCUCGCAGAAAUGCUCUCAAAGACCUCGUUAAAGUCAUUCAGCAGGAAGCAUACACAUACAGGGACCCAAUAACUGAAUUUAUUGAACAUCUAUACGUUAACUUCGACUUUGAAGCUGCGCGCAGGAAAUUAAACCAAUGCCAAGCGGUCCUCCUAACAGACUUCUUUUUAAUCGCCUGCCUGGACGAAUUUGUUGAAAAUGCUCGUCUGAUGAUCUUCGAAACUUUCUGCCGUAUACAUCAAGUGAUUAGUAUUGGAAUGUUAGCAGAAAACCUUAACAUGCAACCAGAUGAAGCCGAAUGUUGGAUCGUCAACUUGAUACGUAACGCACGCUUGGACGCUAAAAUAGAUUCUAAACUGGGUCACGUCGUAAUGGGAGCCCAACCUCUGUCGCCCUACCAACAACUCGUUGAGAGGAUAGAUUCGUUAGCGGUGCGAUCAGAAGCCCUCACGUCACUUGUAGAAAGGAAACAAAAAACGCGUAAUCAAGAUAUACGUUGGGGCGCCCAAGAAUUCUAACCAACCACAUAAAAUGGCUUACGAGAAACAACUUCGUAUUUUGUUAAUCAAAAAUUUUAAUAAAUAUAAAGAAAAUUGAUCUAA